ACGUUUACCCUUACCUUUUGCCCCGCCGCAGGAUGGCGCCCCAUCCCUCUGGUGCACCAGCUGUCCAAGUGACCCAUGAGACAAAGCAGACUUUCCAGGGCGCCUCAGACGACAAAGUGACCUGCGUCGCAUCCGCUCCGCCCAGCCCCAGUCGCGUGCUGGGGAACUGUGCCGAGGCAGAAGCGGGCGGCUGCCGAGGCGCCUCGAGGAAGCUUCGCGCGCGGCGAGGAGGACGCAGCCGGCCCAAAAGUGAGUUGGCUCUGAGCAAGCAGAGACGGAACCGGCGCAAGAAAGCCAACGACCGUGAGCGCAAUCGGAUGCACAACCUCAACUCCGCGCUGGACGCGCUGCGCGGCGUCCUGCCCACCUUCCCCGACGACGCGAAGCUCACCAAGAUCGAGACGCUGCGCUUCGCCCACAAUUACAUCUGGGCGCUGACACAGACGCUGCGCAUAGCGGACCACAGCCUUUACGGGCUGGAGCCACUUGUGCCGCCCUGCGAGGAGCUGGGCAGCCCAGACGGCAGCUCCCUGGGAGACUGGGGCUCCCUCUAUUCCCCUGUCUCCCAGGCGGGCAGCCUGAGCCCUGCCGCCUCGCUGGAGGAGGGCCCUGGGCUGCAGGCGCCUGCUUCCCCUGUCUGCCUGCGCCCUGGCGCCCUGGCUUUUUCAGACUUUCUAUGAAGGGGCCUGUCUGCCGGUGGGAGAAAGGGAGAGGGCGGAGGCCUUCGGAGAUGUGGGGCAGCGGCGGUGGGGGCGGCCCUUGGGCAUACUUGCUC